AUGGUAUUUUUUACAUGCAAUGCAUGUGGCGAAUCGGUGAAGAAAAUCCAAGUGGAAAAGCAUGUGUCUGUUUGCAGAAACUGUGAAUGCCUUUCUUGCAUUGACGGUGGUAAAUAUUUCUGGGGCGAUGACUAUAAAAACCACGUGAAAUGCAUAAGUGAAGAUCAGAAGUAUGGUGGCAAAGGCUAUGAAGGUAAAACCCACAAAGGCGACAUUAAACAGCAGGCGUGGAUUCAGAAAAUUAAUGAAUUAAUAAAGAGACCUAACGUCAGCCCCAAAGUACGAGAACUUUUAGAGCAAAUCAGUGCUUUUGACAACGUUCCCAGGAAAAAGGUGAAAUUUCAGAACUGGGUGAAGAACAGUUUAAAAGUUCAUAAUGAAUCCAUCCUGGAGCAGGAACCAGUCAGUAAGGAACAGGAUCAACAGCCACUCAACCCGCUGGCAAAUCCACGUGCAGAAAUCUCCGCCAAGGUUCCACCCUCCAAAGGGAAUGAUGCCGUCAAACAGCAAGGCAGGGUGAAGAAGAAUAAAAGAGAAAGAAAAGAAGGACGGCAGAAGAAUAUGAAAAAAGAAAAGAAGGAACUAAAAUUAGAAAAUCACCAGGAAAACUCAAAGAAUCAGAAGCCUAAGAAGCGUAAAAAGGGACGGGAGGCCGACCUUGGGGAAGUCCCCGAAGCCAGCGGCUCUGCAGGGAAGAGGAGCAAGAAGAGGACGGACGGCGAGGAACAGGCAGACUUGGGUGCGGGGAAGAGGAGGCGGAGGCGUUCGGAAGCUGAAACAGAUUCUAAGAAGAAAAAGAUGAAGCUCCCAGAGCAUCCUGAGGGUGGAGAACCACAAGACCGUGAGGCUCCUGCAAAAGGUAAAUUCAACUGGAAGGGAACUAUUAAAGCAAUUUUGAAACAGGCCCCAGACAAUGAAAUAGCAAGCAAAAAGUUAAGGAAAAAGGUUUUAGCUCUGUACUACACAGUGACUAACGAGCAUCACAGAUCGGAAGAGGAGCUCCUGGUCGUCUUUAACAAGAAAGUCAGCAAGAACCCCACCUUUAAGUUAUUAAAAGACACAGUCAAGCUUUUGAAAUGA